AUGUCAAGGCUGGACUACGGAGUCUUGAACACUUGCGAUCCAUCAGUGCGAACGACUGCCCACAUCCCAGGCGACGUUCAUCCUCAGCUUCUGCCCGAUCGAUAUUGUCCCCCAGACAGCAUCUCGGAGGACAGUAGUGACGACUCUAGCAGUGGCGAGGCCGAAGACUCACAUAGCGAAGGCGUUAAUGGGCGAAGAAUACCACUCAAGAGUCAACCUAAUAUCAGAGCUAUGGGAGUAGCACCAACACCAAAUCAACCCAAAAACUAG